CUCCAGAAGACAUCCCUUUGGCUACGUCACCUGAGGGCUCCUAAUCGAGCUGCUUGUUUUGUGGGACGUCUCUGAUUUCACUGAACAAUGAAGGCGAACAACUGUACUUUCAUGGGGGGUGGGAUCCCUCUGUCAUCAGAGUUCUUUAAAGUGAUCAAAAACGAUCUUUGGCUGUUCCUCAUUCCUGCAGUGUUUGCCGUGCUGCUGCUUGCUCUCUUCUUGGAAGAGAUUGGCUUCUUUCUGCGCCAUGUUCCCUCUACACGGCGCAGACGUCUCAGCCUGUGGAUCCUGGGAAUAUACCCAGUCUUUGGAAUGAUGUCUGUUGUUGCGCUGUAUGUUCCUCGCUCCUCAUCUCUUUGCAAUUUCAUUGCUUCUCUAUAUCACUCUAUUACACUGCUGAAGUUCAUGGUUCUUAUCAAGGACUUCUUCGGUGGAAAGGCCCGCAUGCUGGAGGCAUUAGCAGGGGAGAAGGUGUCUCCAAACCCCUUCCCAUGUUGCUGCUGCUGCUGUCUGCCUUUAUUUGACAUCAACAAGACCAGUGUAAGCUGGAUGAUGGCUGCUGUCCUUCAGCUUUCUGUGGUCAGAACACUGCUGUUCUUCCUCACUCUUGUCCUCUGGACAGAUGAACAGUAUGACUAUGGAGAUGUGGACCAAGUUAACCCCAACAUGUAUGUCAAUGCUAUAAUUGCUGUUUCCACUUUUCUGUCCUUUUAUGGCUACCUACUGUUUUAUAAAGCCACAAAAAGAGCAUUGCCUGGAUACAGUCUGCGAGCAAAGUUUAUUUGCAUCAUUGUUGUCCUGGUCCUUUGUGGACUACAGAGUGGAAUUCUUGAGACCAUGGGCGCGCUGAAUGUCAUCCCCUGCACACCUCCCUUCUCUGACCUCUUUCGGUCUCAGUUAAUAUUCCACUAUUCUGUUAUUGUGGAGAUGUUCUGCAUCAGCCUCUUUGCACAUCGCACAUUCCGGAAAGUUGAGCCCUCUCCUGAGGAGGUUGAUGGAACAGAAGAUGAUGCCAUAAGAGAGCUUUGUGAGAAGGCGAUUCAAACAGAAGACGAGCUGCCAUUUGCUGUUCAGCUCUCCUCUCAUGAGGAUGAGCCAUGCCAUUAUAACCAAGGAUACAACAGUGACAGUGAAGAUAGCCUCUGCAAAAUUGAACAUGCCCCACUGGACUGCUUCCCCUUCCCCUUACAGCACAGACUGCAAACUGCAGCAAGCACAGAGAAAGUUCACACUAAACCACCUGAUGACUCAAUUAUUGUGGCGCUGCCAACAAUUACUGUCAGUGCAGAGAUUAACCAUACUGUCAAUGAUGAUGUUACUGUUGUAUAGCUGAAAAAUAUGGAAAAUGUAUAUAUUAUGUUAUAGUUUUGUAGUUAAUGUGUGAUUGUUGUACUUCACAUGUCUGUGACUCCAUUGUUCCCAAAAAUAUAUAUACAUAUUUUCAUUAUUGUCCUAAAACUGUGAUGUACAAACAUGGUGACACAAAGGCCAUGUAAUUAUUGGAAAUUCAUUUUUUUUCCCCUCCAUAAUAAGAUAUAUAUUUAUGUACUACCAAUGGAUUAAUAUAAUAAAAUGAAUAUUAAAAAUGUAC